AUGGAUCACGUAAAGACUCCUUUCAAGGGAAUGGCAAAUGAUGUUAACGGGCGGCUAAAAUGCUACAAGAAUGAUUGGAUCAAUACGUGCGGUUGUGGUGCAAGGAUUUUGGCUCCAACAGCAUACAUUUUCUUUGCUUCAACUCUUCCCGUAAUUGCCUUUGGGGAGCAACUAAGUCGAGAAACAGAUGGGAGAUUAAGCCCGGCCGAGACACUUGUUUCAACCGCUAUAUGUGGGAUCAUCCAUUCGAUUUUCGGUGGACAGCCUUUGUUGAUUUUAGGAGUUGCCGAGCCAACUAUUAUAAUGUAUACUUACUUGUACAACUUUGCAAAGAGAAGUGUUGGAACCGAGCUCUAUUUAGCGUGGGCUGCGUGGGUAUGUGUUUGGACAGCUUUACUGCUCUUUCUUCUCGCCAUAUUUAACGCUUGUACUAUUAUCACUCGAUUUACGAGGGUGGCUGGGGAACUUUUCGGCAUGUUGAUCUCUGUUCUUUUCAUUCAAGAAGCCAUCAAGGGCGUGGUGAGUGAAUUCGAAAUUCCGAAAGGUGAAAAUGCCUCGGAAGAGCAAUACAAAUUCUCAUGGCUUUAUACCAAUGGAUUGCUCUCGGUCAUAUUCUCGUUCGGAGUGCUUAUAACUUCCUUAAAGAGCCGAAGUGCUCGGUCCUGGCGUUACGGUACAGGCUUCUUUCGGAGUUUCAUUGCGGAUUAUGGGGUCCCACUUAUGAUUGUCGUUUGGACUGCACUAUCUUAUAUUGUACCAAACAAUGUUCCUUCUGGGGUUCCGAGGAGAUUGUUUGGUUCACUCCCGUGGGAAGCUGAAUCGUUGUACCAUUGGACAGUGAUCAAGGACAUGGGAAAAAUAUCGGUGGGGUAUAUUUUCGCCGCCUUAAUACCGGCUGUGAUGAUAGCGGGCUUGUACUUUUUCGAUCACAGUGUAGCUGCACAGAUGGCACAACAAAAGGAGUUCAACCUGAAAAAUCCAUCAGCUUACCAUUGGGACAUCUUUUUGCUAGGCGUCAUGACUUUGCUUUGUGGAUUACUUGGCCUCCCACCUUCAAAUGGUGUACUUCCACAGUCUCCUAUGCACACGAGGAGUCUCGCAGUCCUUAAGAGACAGUUGAUUCGGAGGAAAAUGGUGAAACGUGCAAAGGAGGGCAUGAAACAGCAAGCGAGCCACUCGGAGAUAUACGGAAGAAUGCAUGCUGUGUUUGUGGAGAUGGAAAAUGCUCCUUCCCACACGGUCGAUAAAGAGCUGGCAAAUUUGAAGGAAGCUGUCUUGAAACACGACGAGGUCGAUGGAGAAAUAAACGACAGAUUUGAUCCCGAAAAGUGCAUUGACCUCCAUUUGCCCGUCCGAGUGAACGAGCAAAGGGUGAGCAAUUUCCUACAGUCUGUGCUCGUGGGCCUUGCCGUGUGUGCUAUGCCCGUAAUCAAGAUGAUACCCACCUCGGUUUUGUGGGGAUAUUUUGCUUACAUGGCCAUCGAUAGCCUCCCGGGCAACCAGUUCUGGGAGAGGAUGCUCCUCAUGUUUGUACCUCCACGCCGUCGUUUCAAAGUUAUCGAGGAUUCGCAUGCUUCGUACGUGGAGUCAGUGCCAUUUAAGUACAUCUUCUUGUUUACGAUGUUCCAGCUCGGUUAUUUCGUGAUGUGCUUUUUGAUAACGUGGAUACCUAUUGCCGGCAUAUUAUUCCCGAUGCCUUUUUUCCUCUUAAUAAGCAUACGCAAAAACUUCUUGCCCAAGUUUUUUCCACCUCAAUACCUUCAAGAGCUUGAUGCCGCCGAGUAUGAAGAGAUUGUCGGGCACCCGAUGAAGGCUCGAAGCCUCACUCGCGGGGAUGGCGGUGAUGAUGAUAGCGCGGAAGAUUCUCCCGACUUAUCGUCUGCUGAGAUUUUAGACGAGAUGACGACGCACAGAGGCGAAGUCAAGCGCAGGUCCAUGAGCUUCAACGACAAGCAAUUUCAGGCUCUUCCUGCAGAAUCCAACGGGGUGUAA